AUGACCUCUACCAGCCCGUCACAGCUCGCUUGUUCCGAGCUAGCACCGACCACUCGGUCGAGCUCGGUUCUCGUCCGGCAAUACUCGCCGGAGGAUGUUGAGCGAUUCAUCCGCGAUACUAGUCUAUGUUUAAAUUUUCGGGCGAUAUUCGGCCUCAAGAAGUUUUGGAAGGAGCUCGGUGCUGGUUGCUUCGCGCCGUGGGGCCCCAGGCUGUACGAGCACCAUCCGUCUAUCGACAGCCUGCGGCGAUCCGCGGGGGCAGGGUCUCAACUGUGCACUAAAGUCUACAAUAGAUGGACUGCUCAGGCUUUGGACGAGCCUGACAAGUGGAAAUCAGAUCACGACAAGCCAAUCGCGUUCGGAUUUCAAUAUGAUGACCGACCCUCGUAUAGGAUUCUCCGCUGGUAA